ACGACAUCCAUGAUCGUCUUGAUAGAAGUGGCUGUUAUGCUGCCGGCAUCCGUCAUGCUCUUUGGUUGAGACAUAUACCCCUUCGGAGUUUUUGAGAUGACGAAAACUUGAUUGGGCAGAUCACGCUCUGGAGUUGUGCAAGAGCAAUCAAUGCGCCUUGCGAUGUGCGGAUGAGGCAUCAGCGAAAGAAUAUAGAUUUGGACGAGGAGCAACUUCAGGACUCGUCCAAAUCUCUGCCUGCGUCCGGGUAACCGCAAGCAUGCAUCUCACGAACGACACUCCACUGGAUAUAUUGAUUUUAGGUGGAGGCGUGGCGGGCCUCACAGCUGCCAUGGCUCUAGCUAAAUUCUCACCUGCGUCUGCACCACCAAAAAUCAGAGUCUAUGAGAUCCGUCCCAAACCUGGUGUAAUCGGUGGAGCUGUAAACUUGACGCCCAAUGCCCUGAGACUGCUCGAUCGUCUAGGUGUACUGCCCAUCAUGCGCGAGAACAAGUAUGGCAUGGAAAUCGAUGCUAUUGAGAUCUUCAGCGUCUACGAACCUGUCCAAUUGGGAGAGUCGAGCUUCAGAGGACCUGAAGGUAAAGGUCUUGGAGACCCACCAUACAAGGCAUUAAGAGUCACUCGUGCAGAUGUCAUGAAAGCCCUCGUCGAAGCCGUCGAGAAAUGCCCAAACGUCGAAUUCACCUGUGGUAGAACAACCACGAAAAUCGACGAAGAUGCCGAAAAAGGCAUUACCCUAACCUUCUCCGAUGGUACCAUAGCACAUGGAGAUAUGCUAGUAGGCUGUGACGGUAUCCACAGUGUCGCUCGCCUCAAACGCGUCGAACCCUCACGAAAAGAAGUCUACUCAGGCAUCGCCAACGCUUUCGGUUUCGCCCCUCUAAACACAUCAAACCCUCUACUCCAAAACCCCAGCCACUUGCACUUCCAAAAGACAGCCAUAAACUUCGCUCGUCGCGGUAUGAUGCUAUCCUCCUUUUACGAACCCACAAAAACAUCAGUGUACGUAGGAGGCGUCCUCCAAGUCCCCGAGAUGGAAAGCAGAGACGGCUGGAAAGUGCGCGGCGCAGAUCAAGAAGCCACAAAACAGGACAUGAGAGAGAGGUUCGCUACUGAGGAUGCCGUGUUUGGGGAUUUGAAGGCGUUGAUUGAUACGGCGGAGGAUUGGUUCAUGUGGCCGAUUUUCAAUUUGCCGCCGGGGGGAAGGUGGGCUACGGAGAGGACUAUGCUGUUGGGUGAUGCGGCACAUGCUAUGGCUCCUCAGGGCGAGGCGACUGGGAUUGUGUUGGAGGAUACGGUGCUCUUUGCGAGAUGUGUGGCUAGACAGCAAGAGUUGGGGACUGGAAGUUUCAAAGAUGCUUUCAGAGCCUAUGAACGCCUACGUCGCGAUCGCAUCAAUGCCGCUUUCAAAGAGUCCGGAGCCGUCGUCAAGACAGUCCAGGAUGCCGGUUGGUUGGGUCACAAGAUAAAAUGCUUCAUUGUGCCUUGGUUCUUGUGGUUUACCAGUGGGAAGAGGGAGCGGCAUUUUACAGAGGAUGUUACGACUUCUGAUCUUGGGUUUUGAGUGGACUCUUCCAUAGCUACCCAUUCGAUAUAUGGUUCAUGAUUUCUACAAAUACACUUUCUCAUGUUCUCAGGGUGCGCAGCCUCAAAUCUAGAAAUAGCUGUGUAUUUACAUCAGCUCAAACCCCAAAUUCAUCGACAAUGGAGUAGAGAGGCAGGGCUGAUACAGAUAGAUUUCACGGGUACCUGAUCCACAUAUGUACGAAGACUCUCCCCCGAUAGUGUCAGAAUAAAAUGUAGCUGUGGAG